GCUUAAGAGGUCAAGGUCGCCAUUUCAAAACACCAACAAGAGUUCAUUAUGGUUCACCAAUAGGUAGAAAGCAACUUGUAAUUAAAUUUAUUGGUACAAAUUAUAUUUAACCAUUUUGUCUUCACCGUUUAUCUAUGUUAUAAACAAGCAAUUCAUGCUACCCGUUCAAUAGUAUAAAGCAUUACAAAUUAACGUGGAACACGGAGACUUGAAAUUAUUAGUAAUCAAAAUGACCAUGUUGAGUGCAGAUGCUCAGAUCAGAUAUUUAGUGCAGUGGUUUCAAGAAUGGAGUGAACUACAAAGAUCUGAUUUUUUGCCAAUUUUGGCUGAAAAAUAUGCAAAUAAAGCAUAUGUUAAUGGAAUCAUCAACAGUAUUUCAAAUGUUGAUUGUAGAGAUAAACCCAUGUCCUUGUUUGAAUGCAGAGUAAAAUUAUUUAAAGAAUGGUUUAUACAUUGGACUGCAGAUCAAAAGCACCAUUUUAUCUCGCAAAUUUCAGAUAUAGAUACUGCUUUUGCGGAAAAAUUGAAUGAAGAAAUUCAAAACGGGGUAGUUCAUGAAUCCAACCAUCAACUUAACGGAGAGGAUAUUUUGGAAGACUAAAUAUUUCCAAGAAUGAUACUAAUGUUUUUUGACAUUAUAAAUUGGAUUUGAAUUUAUAUUUUUUGCACUGAUUUCAUUAUCUUUAGAUUUAAAUCUGUUUUUGAUUUUAUAAUUAUUAAUCAAGGGUAGGCAAUAUUUAAUUGGCUCUGUAUCAAAUCCCUGGAUCCAAAUAAUUAUGUUUAUCCUGAUUUUUUGAUACAGAUUCCUUUAAAACAAGUCUCACAAUAAGCGAAUAGUAUUUAAUGUGAUAUUUUUGUAGAUGAUAUUUAUAUUAGCUAUAAUUUGAAUAUUUAUAAGGUAUUUCUAUGGAGGUAUAAUGUUAUUUAUAAAUAUUUAUAAUUUUUUUAACUCAUCUAAACCAGUGUAGCUACUAUUUUUCAGUCUGUCUCAGUGACAUAUGAUAAUUAAACUUUUUUGUUAUAACGAUGUUUUUUUUUC